UCUGUCGUCCGGUCAUGGCUCCGUUGUUCAUUAUCGGCACCGUGGUGCUGGCUUCCGUUCUUUCCUCCACGACGGCAUCAAGCGUCUGGACGCUCAACUGCGCCCCUCUUACUCAAGCCCGCCUCGAUCCCAUCUUAGCACCCGGCGUCUGGCCUUCCGGCCAUGUCCACGCCGCGGUUGGCUCAACAGCCUUCGGUCAACAAAUGAAUGGCACAUACGGUGCUCUCCAGGGCAAUGCGACCACCUGCGACAAGUUCACGGAUCACAGCAGUUACUGGGCUCCUCAACUAUAUCAUAUGCGCUCAGACGGGCUGUUCGACCUCUUGCCCUUCACAGGAAUGGCGGCGUACUAUGAGAACUACACCUGUGACUAUAACGCCAGCGCUCCCGGCUGGUGCGUUGGAACCCGCAACCCACGAGCGUUCCCGCCUGGCUUGAAAAUGCUUGCUGGUAACUCGCUGCGGCGAACUCAGAACAUGAGCGACCCAUGGCAGCAAGCCAUCUUGCUCGAGUCCGGCAACAACGGUGAAGUCUACGGGAUGCCGCCUAAGCUUGACGGCAACCAGCUGUCCGGCCACGUCCGCUUUCCCAGCUGCUGGGAUGGCAGUAACCUCGAUUCCCCUGACCACCAGUCGCACGUCGCAUACCCGGAUGCCUCACUCGGUGGCAACACCCAGGGGGGUAUGUGUCCCUCGUCUCACCCUGUGGCACUCAUCAACAUUGGUGCUGAAUUCGGCUUCGCCUUGAACGGAGUUACGGACCCAGCCUCUCUUGUCUUCGCGAACGGUGACACGACGGGCUACGGCUUCCACGGUGACUUCUAUAUGGGGUGGGAGAACACGACGGCGUUGCGGGAUAGCUUUGCGGAAUGCUUCACGAACGACAACUGCCCUUGGCGCGCCUUUGGUUCACCAACCGGCCGGGACCCGGUGGCUACGGCAAUGAGCCCGAUGGUCCAGCCUCCGUACGAAGAUAUUGGGCUGAACGGGCCGAUUGCGAAGUUGCCCGGAAACAAUCCGGUGUACAGUGCAUAGAAAGGGUAAUUAUGGCUGACGGAUGCUAGUCGGGAAAUAAGCCUUCGGUUUCCGAGCAAUACUGCCUGAGGUGGAUACUGAGUCUUUCUUCAGAGGUGUUGUGGCAUAACGCCCCACACAGCACUUGUUAUGCUGUAUGUAUGGUUAUACUUCGGCUCGCUGCCUCCCAUUGAUCUUGUGCGACUAUUCUCGUCCCGGACAGAAAUCGUAUGUGCUACUGUUGGCGAGAUGCAUCAAUUAAGGCAGCGUGGAUAUAUGUUCGGAGCGUUGCGUCCUUUGGUAUGAUUCAGAACGGACGUUCGUCACAUGAAAGCUCGAGGCGGACAGCGAGCCGGUAUUGGCUGGG